AUGGCCAGUCUACAAUACUUCGUUCUUGUCGCCAUUUGCUUUUUUGGGAUUUCCGCAGCAGUCGAAGCCAAGGAGAGUCGAGCAAAAAGGCAGUCCAACUGGAACAAUGAUGACACAAUGAUGUGGGCAAAUGGGGCCCCCAGCAACACCGUGAUGGGCAUGCCUAAAUACACUGCAGCAGACGUGAAGAAGGCGAUGCAAGACAUGCAAAACGCAGCCGCCUAUUACAUGAGUCAAGCCCAGGAUACGUUGACGCAGAUCUUCUCCAAAGCCUACCAAUCCAUGCAAAUGCAGGCCCAGAUGCAGAAGCAUGCGCCGCAAUUCUUCAAGGAGGGCACGCAAGCCUUGACUCGAGUCUUGAAGAAUGUCGCCAAUGACAUCGCAGCCGCAGCGAAGACGGCGAUGGGAGGAAAGAAGAAUGGAGGAGGAAAGAAGCACAACGGCACAAAUGCUGGAAAUUCGACCGCUGAUGCGUUGUACGAUAACACGGAGUACGACAACUCGUGGAAUGACACCGAGACCUGGAAUCGACCCGAGCAGAAGGCUGACAAGAUUGUCAAUUUCUGGGAGAAGCAA